AAACUGUUGGUUGACUGGGCAGAAAAAAAAGACAAGAAAAGCGUUCGACAGCGCGAGUUAGAAAUUUUGAAUUCCCUCCAGUCUUUGAAACGUAGUCGACCUGUAACAGAAGAAAAGGGAGCAAAACGGCAAAAAUUGGAGGAGUCCAGAAGUACGAGUCCAGCUAGUCAGCCUGUAGGAAGACCGAAAAGUAAACAGUCGGCAUCUUCUGAAGGGAGCCAAGAAGAAGAGACUUUUCCUGCCAGCGUUAAAGCUAAAAGUGAUGCUCCUAACCGCUUUUGGACAGCUGUUGAACCUUACUGCGCUGACAUAACAGUUGAAGAUCAGAAAUUCCUUGAAGAAUCCUUGAAACUUCCGGAUGAUGAUCAAGAGUAUUAUAAAAUACCACCUUUAGGGAGACAUUAUGGAGAAAAAUGGGCACAAGAAGAUCUGCUUGAAGAACAAGAGGAGGGUUCCAGAAUGCAGGAAAAAAAGUUACGUGGGACUUUAACUAAUACAACUAGUGACAAUAACAAUAAAGCAAGUGAAGAAAAAUCUUUACUUAAAAAGGCAGAUUCUACUGGACUAGGAGAAGAAGAUCUGUGUCCAUUUGGUAGUCUUACUCAAAGAUUAGUUUCAGCUUUGAUUGAAGAAAACAUAAUUGCACCCAUUCCUGAGCAGAGCUCUGGAUCUGGCAGCUCUGACAGUGCAACCACGAGGAGUGGUAAUAACCCCCCACGCACCCCCACAAAGGCACCUCAUGUACCUCAUACUCGCACUUUAGAGGCACGGAUUAGAGAGGAGCUGAUAUUCCAAGGAUUGUUAGAUGCUGAUGAUCAAGCAGAUGAGGAAGUUGAUGAUGAAGUUUUAGCUGAGCUGAAACGCCAUCAGAAUGAACUUCGAGUCCUGAUGGCAAAGAACAGACAGCACAAACUAGAGCUGUCAAAAUUAACGCAAGAGGAAAUGAGGAGACAGGAACUCAAACACAGAGCACAGGUUGCUGACUCUGAAGUUAUGGAGUGGUUCAGGAAAAUGAUGGCUUUGAAACAGAAAAGAAAAUCUCCAACAARAAAAGAAAAAGAGGCAGCCUGGAAGGCUCUGAGAGAAAGGGAGGCAAUACUCAGAGUCCUUGGGAACUCUUGAGUUUGUAACAAUUUUGAACUUCAGGAGCUGAAUUA